UUCCACUAAUUAUGACUGACUGUGACUGACAUCCCAUGCCGCCGCCCUAUAUUUUGUAGUGCAUAUUCGUAACAAUAAUUUACCAUGUUUCGUCGGUUACGACAUACAGAAGUUUUAUCAAUUUGAUAAUUCUUCCAAUCAGUAAGUUUCAAACUGUUUUCCUUUAAACGACAAUAUUGAUAUAAUGGUUCAAUUUGCGAUUGCAAAAGCUGCUUUUGAAGUUGGUGCAGCUUUCGUGACCGGUUCGCUACAGUAUGAAGUGGUUAGUACUAUGAUCCGUCUUUAUUUUCCAAACGAUUCAUUUUCAAUGCAUUUUAUUAAACCACAAAUUAAAGCUGAUUAUUUAUAUGCAUAUUUUACAAAAGGUUACCCUCUGUGUGACAGUUUUAACACUGUUGUUCAAAGGAUGGAUUCUGCUGGCAUAAUUCAGAAUAUCAGAAAUGUGGAACUGAAAGAAAUUACAAGUCUGCGGCUCUUGACUGAAAAAUUUUCUUCAGAAGUUAUUAAAUUUGAGAAAAUAUUAUUUGCUUUCUAUGCUUGGUCAGUGGGAAUAGUUAUAAGUAUUAUUACUUUUUUUAUUGAAAUUUUAAGAGCAAAGCUAAAAUAAAUGACAAUUACAAUAAAUUAUGAUUAAAAAAUGUCAAAUGUUAAAAAUUCAGCAUUGUUUGAAUUAAGUUAUUUGUGACGUUACCCGUAUUAGGCUUAUUGAUUUUUUUAUUAUUUUUAUCAUUUUUAUUCUGUCCUACAAAUUCAUACAUAUGUAGCAGUUCCAAAUUGCGUUAAUUUUUUUAUUGUUACAUUAAAAUAAUCUUUGACUGUCAUAAGUUAAAGACGAUUCGAUCAAUCUAACUUGUUUAUUUCAAAUUUGAGUCACCCAAAUUGAGGAUAAUGGUGUUUAAAUUAAGUUAAUAGACAUAUAAAAUACCAUAAAUUUGUCGUUUUAUCAGUUUGGAGCGAAAUAUGUAAUUGUAUGUGAUUUUUCUACAAACAACAGCUUUUAAAAUAUUUAUGAGAAUAAUUUCGAUUCAGAUCCAAAAAUAUAAACACAAUUGAUUUAUUUUAUUUAGGUAAAUAGAAUGAAGUGGCACUGUUUUCUCACUUUUGUUCAUAUUUUUUGGUGCAAUGGUGUCGUACUUGACUGUGUUAAUAGAAUUCUGGAGAAUCAUUAUCACCCCGGAGAUAUAAUUUUAGUAAUGGACUCACCAGACUUACAAAUUCCGUUACCAUCGAUUCGGCAAAACGGCACUCAUUCGGUGAAAAAAUUCGUUUACCAAUUACCCAAAAUCGUUGUGAUAACACUGACCGCUAAAAUUGAUAAACAUUUAAUCACUUUGGAAAAAAUCGGAAUGUUAAACCCGCGAGCCAAAUUUGUGAUUAUCUCACGUGAAACAGGGGAAUUUUCUGAAAUUUUUAAAUCGCUGUCUUUGUAUUUCAUCUACAAAGUUGUGAUAAUUGACCAAGAGCGGGAAAUUGUCACUUACGACCCAUUUGUUGGCGAAAACGUGAAUAUCAACCCUGAACCGUACAUCCUGGGUGGUUGUCACAAUUAUUCUCUUGCAAAAAUUUUCGAUAAGAAAAUACCAAAACUGUGGAGGAACACCACAGUUCGAGCGAUUUUUGCCGAACAUUUUCCCUAUUUGUAUUACGAAAACCAGACUUUGCUUGGCGAAAACUACAAAGUCCUCAGCAUGAUUAAGGAGAAAUUAGAGUUUAAUUUAGUGAUUAAAGAGUUAGAUGAACGCAAAUCGUGGAUUUUUUUGGGCUUGUUACAGAGACGCGAUUUUCACAUAAUUGGAAACCUACAAACUUUACAGGCUAGUAGCCACUUGAAGGUCGAUUUGGUGCCGAUUGAUUUAGCCGCGCACUUCUAUUGGGUGGUACCCAGGGGGCGACAGGUACCCUACUGGAAAAUUUUUUUACUCGACAUUGACUCUCUUGUCUGGACGUCAAUUUUUUUCGUCCUGAUUUUGCUCACAAUUAUUUGGCAUUACAUCGAGGGCCGAGGGUUAAUUUACUCGUUUUUUACCCACUACCAACUCUUCUCGGAAUCCAACAGUUUUAAGGUAUUAAAAAUCAAGAAAAUUUCAAACCGGAUUUUCAUCGCUUCGUCCAUGUUUUCGUUUUUGAUCAUUUCGACGACUUUCAAGAGCGAAAUGUUGAACUCAUUCAACACGGUUCUCUACGACUAUCCAAUCAAAAGUCUUGACGAUAUUAUAGCCAAAAACCUGUCGUGUUAUGUAUCACAAGACAUGAAGCUUCUCUACAAAUCGGUCAGCGAUUUCUACUUCAAAUACGUCUCAAAUUGCGACGAAUUGGACGACUUAGACGAUCAACAAGACAUUCUUCUUAAAAUCGCGCUCGAGGAAAAGUCAGCAACGAUUUCGCGAAAUUUGAAAUUCAAAUUUGCUGCUAAUACUCUGCUGCAAAUGGGGUACCAAAAACCUCCAAUUUUUCUGAUUCGGAAACAAGUCAAGUUUGAUUUUUUGUAUAUUUAUUUGACAAAGGGGUUUCCUCUCCAUGAUCGAAUUACCCAAGUCGUGAGUCGGAUGCAUUCGAGUGGUUUCACGGCUUAUUUUAGAAGAAUCGUCGAUUAUAAAAUUGCAAGUGCUUUGAAGUCGAAUGAGAAGAUUCAGUCGAAAAAUUUGGCACUUGAAAAUGUCUCAAUGGGAAUUUAUGUCCUUUAUAUUGGACUGUCUUGCAGUUUUGUGGCUUUUGUCGUUGAAAUUAUUUUGUAUAAACAUAAAUCUAGUGUGGAAAUAAAAUAA